GUUGAUAAACACAUGAUCUCCCCAGAAGGGGGAGCUAUAAACACUGUUAAAAUGCCCAAGUGGGGAACAAAGGUUGAAGUUAAACCUUGUCUACACUUUUAAAUGCUUUUUUAAUUUUUAACAUAUUAUACUGAUUAUUCACAAAGGAAAAUGGAUAAUAGAAAACACAAGCAGAGGGCAGCUAGACUAAAAUGGUACUUUAUAUAAGGUUUAAUUUUAAUUUUUAAUGGAUUUCUGCCUACUUUACUGACAUUUGUUCUUGUCGUCCUGACUCAAGUUACUAUUAUAAAUAGGGCUUUGCACCAAAUUUGCACAUUGCAAUCUGUCUUUGGACAGACACAGCAGACAUAGGCCAAGCUCCACAUACACACACACACACACACACACUCUCUCUGACUGCAGCCUUAAAAUCACUCCACUCUUCCUAUUGUUUCCUGCUUCCGUUGGCCACUGUCAUUAUAACAAUACAAAUGUCAUUUGUUUCUUUAAGGCUGUGAGGCGGCUCUGUUACACACACUCUGCUACACACACGCUGUUACACACACACUGUCCCACACUCAUGUAGUCUGGACAGGAAGUCUUAUUGUCACAAACCAGUUGUGACAAAAUCACAAAGCUGUGGAUUCACGUGUUUGUGGAACAUGGUUUGAGAACCAUCCCCUCACAGAUGCACGUGGUUUUAUUCUCUGUAUAUAUUCAGUGUGAGCGUCUCGACUGGGAGCAUGCCUGUUGGGUGGGUUGUUUCUACCGCUAGUCCACAGGAGCAGCCUGAUGAACAGGAAGUGGCAGGAGCCUAACGUGCCCUUUAAUUGUCCCAGCAUUACUUAAGGGGGUGGGUGGAAAAUAAGACAACAUCAAAUGGCUGGCCGUCAUUGUUUAGAGAACAUAAACAAAUUAGUCCGGUGUAAAAGGUCAUCGUCAUCUCUGUUCAUAGAGCUGUUUGUCCUUGAUACAAUAAAUCAAAGUGGAUUGCUAAUGCAUCAAGGUUAGUCUUAAAAUAUAAAAUCAAAAUACAUGCAGCACAGAAAUUAAUUUAAAAACAAAACAAAAAACAAGUAUAGGUUGAUGAAGUAACAUAAUGAUAUUUAGAAAAAAACAAACUUUGUUUGCUGAAGUAUAUGGAACUCCACUCACUUGCCAACCAUGGUCUACAUAAGAGCAACAACUUAACAGAAAAACAAACAAACAAAAGAUUCCAAAAACAUGAUUAAAGUUUAGCUUAACAACAGCUAACAGCCAACACAGCUGACAAAAACCUAAAGAUUUGCCCAUAUGAGCUUAACACUAAAACAAAAAAAUACACGAUACAAAGGAACCAGCACAGAUAUAGCUAAAGGAUAGCCAAAAGUAUUGCUAACACUUAUUCAAAACAUACUAAAACCUAAGCCUGUGACAUGUUUGCUAAAAAAGUAAUCAAAUGUUUUUUCCUUCAAACCCAAACUGCUGUGACGUAGUCAUUUGGAUCUAAGUCAGUGAUAGCAAAACACUUUUUAGAUAUUUUAAUGGCUUUAAGUUCGUUUAAUAUUAUCAGGUAAAUUUGUAUGAAAAUUGACAAGAAGAAAAAAAUGUUGUUCUAAAUAAAAUCCAUUGAUUGUGUAUAGGGAUCAAAUCAGGAAGCCCCUGUUCCCUUUCCGUUGUCUUUGUUCUCCCAGGGCUUUGAUUCGUUUCUGUCUGUCAACAAAUACAAUUUGUCUUCCUGAACCGGUGCCUGCUCAGUACCAACCCUCAUCUACUCAAAUUUAACAUGACCAACAUCGGGUCUUACAAGGACUGUGGUUCCCUGAAUUUACAGAAACGACUCUGUUCCAUGUUUUCCGUCAGUCAUGCGUGUUAGACGAUGGCCAAGUACUACCACUUAGUCCUCAUACCAUAGAUUGAGAUCCACUGCACAAAACCAUAAGAAUAAAUAAAUAUAAAGUUGUUGAAGAAUCUUUAGUUAAAAAAUUGAAAAAAGCCAUAGUGGGAAACCUUUAGAGAAAAUUAUGAUUGGAAAAAAAGUACAUGAGUAUGGUGCAGCGACAAAGAUUAUACAGAAAUAUAUAAAUAAAUAUUAGUCUGGUGUGUAUUUUAAGAGCCAGGUUGGCUGGACCGAGACGCCUAUCAAGAUGGCUAUAGUACAGUGUCCUACUGUGUGUGUAUGAAAUGCUCGUCUUGCUGAAACCCUUUGGAGGAAAUGUUUGUAUGCGGUUCCCUGUGUUUGAUAAGCACCAAAGUCAAAGAUAAGAACCCAUCUGGUCUCUGUCCUUGAGAGGAAGAAACCCAGUGAUAGGAAGAUGAUGCUGGAAGAAAGAAAUCUGGAAAAGCCCGUCUGAACAUCUGGGGGUUGGAUGGGGUUCAGAAAAAAUAAAGUCCAAGAAGAGUAAGCUGUUUGUUUCCAAGUUCAAGAAAGUGACAGAAAUGAACUGUACUGAGUUUGAUCAAUUCACUCUACAUCCUGUACACGAGCAGACUCGGCUUUAUCAAGUAAAUGUGGCCAAGAUGAGAAUGAGUGACUAUUCUGUGGAUGUGUGUGUGUAGAAAGAAAGCAAGGGAGUGAGUGUUUGCUACUGUGUCUCUCUCUCUGUCUCUCUCUCUCCCGCUCUCUCUCCCGGGUGCUCACUGGCUGGAGUAGGAUAAUCACAGAGCCGUGCUGCUGCUCAGUGGAAGUCAGCAGAUGACUGUCACUCUGCUGCCCUGACACUGGCAGCUCACUCAGUGCUCAGUGGUGUCCAGAUCCAGCAUGUGCUGACUGACUUAGUUGACUGUGCUGGACCUCAGUGCAGGUCACUCAUGACCAGUUCGACUCUGUGGGAAUCUUACAAUUGGAUUUACAUACUUGGAGUGUUUGUGGAUUAGCAGGGCGUGGAGGUUCCUACAACAAUAACUGGGCUGCAUGGAAGGCUGGUAGGAUCCACAGAGAUAUCAUCAGUGCAUGGCAGGACUCCUGGCGCCCCCCUAUGGUGUGAUGGAAAGUGGUUGCGACUCUGAAAGAACGCUGGAAAAUGAGAAGCUGAGCAAAAACACCUUGGUAUCCAGCUCCAAACAUCAGAACCAGAUGCCGUUUAUUGAAAGCCCCCACGAAGCUCGUCCUAAAUGCAUUCCUCAGGUGCACUCUGAGAAGAUCUUACACGCUGGGAAGGUUCUUCGUAAUGCCAUCCUCUCCGCAUCGCCCCACAUGAUCAGAGACAGGAAGUACCAUCUGAAAACAAACAGUCAGUGCUGUGUGGGGACAGAGUUGGUGGACUGGCUGAUUCAGCAGAGCUCCUGUGUCCACUCUCGGGGUCAGGCUGUGGGUAUGUGGCAGGUGCUGGUGGAGGAGGAAGUUCUCAACCAUGUGGAUCAGGAGCAGAGUUUCCAGGACAAAUACCUCUUCUACCGCUUCCUGGAAGACGAACAGGACGAUGCCCUUUUGCCCAGUGAGGCGGAGAGGCAGGAGAGCCAGGAGGAGCUGCAGGACACUCUGCUCCUCCUGUCACAGAUUGGACCUGAUGCUCACAUGAGGAUGAUUCUGAGGAAACACCCGUCUGAAAGGACAGCAGAUGAUCUAGAAAUCAUUUAUGAGGAGCUGCUCCACAUAAAGGCUUUAUCUCAUCUGACCACUACUGUAAAACAAGAACUGGCAGGAGUGCUGAUGUUUGAGUCCCGUGCAAAGACAGGAACAGUGUUGUUUAAUCAGGGGGAGGAGGGCACCUCCUGGUACAUUAUUCUCAAAGGUUCCGUCAACGUUGUCAUCCAUGGGAAGGGUGUAGUUUGUACUCUUCAUGAAGGUGACGACUUCGGGAAGCUGGCUCUGGUCAAUGACGCCCCGCGGGCUGCGUCUAUUGUCCUGAGAGAAGACAACUGUCACUUCUUGAGAGUGGACAAGGAGGACUUCAACAGGAUUCUGAGGGACGUAGAGGCAAACACGGUGCGGCUGAAGGAGCAUGGUCAGGAUGUCCUGGUGCUGGAGAAGAGCCUCUGCAGCAGUCGGACCUCAGACCACCAGGCCUCGACUUCCCACUACAAAUACAAGGUAAUGUCGGGGACGCCCGAGAAGAUUUUGGAGCACCUCCUCGAAAUGAUGAGACUGGAUUCUCAGUUCCCAGAGUCAGACUCAGCCUUACACGACUUUCUACUCACGCACUGCGUCUUCAUUCCAAGCAAUCAACUCUGUCCUGUCUUGAUGGCUCACUAUCAUGCCCAGGCCUUACAAGGUUCUGAGCAGGAGAAGCUGGACUACACACUGAACAACAAGCGCAGGGUGAUCUGUCUGGUGGUGCAGUGGGCAGGUGUCCAUGGAGAUCACCUGCAGGACGAGGGCGUUUUGGUAGACUUUCUUCAGAACUUUUUCAUGGCAGUUUCUGAAGAUGCCAAAACUAUUCCAGCUCUGGGGGAUCAGCUUCCACAACUGGAGACAAUAGUGAAGCACAACACUGAAGAUAGCAACGUCUCACAAAAAAAGCACAAAGUUCUACUGCGACAGUUCAGCGUGGGGAACGAUAAGCUUCAGAAACAUCAGACCAUCAGAAGUAAUGAUGAAAUUUUAUUCAAAGUCUACUGUUGCGACCACACCUACACCACCAUCAGGGUUCUGGUGGCUACGUCAGUCAGAGAAGUCAUCAACGCUGUAGCUGAUAAACUGGGGUCGGCAGACGACCCGCUCCUGGGCAACCUCAGUUCAGCGGGAGAAAAAGUGAUCUUCAGAGCCAGUGAUGUGUCAGUGUUCUCCACUCUCAGCAUCAACGGACGACUGUUUGUCUGUCGGAGGGAUCAGCUGGAUUCUCUGACCCCUUUGCCGGAGCAGGAAGGCCCCACCGUGGGGUCUUUGUCCACUUUUGAGCUGAUGAGCUCUAAGGAUGUGGCGUAUCACAUGACCUGCUAUGACUGGGAGCUUUUCAACUCUGUCCAUGAGCUUGAGCUCAUCUACCACACAUUUGGGAGACAAAAUGUGAAGAAAACCACUGUGAACCUGGAUCUGUUCCUCAGGAGGUUCAAUGAAAUUCAGUUCUGGGUGAUUUCAGAGAUGUGUCUGUGUCCUCAGCUCAGCAAGAGGGUUCAACUUCUCAAGAAGUACAUCAAGAUUGCUGCCCACUUUAAGGAAUACAGGAACCUAAACGCCUUCUUUGCAGUCAUUAUGGGCCUGAGUAACCCAGCAGUGUGCCGCCUGAAUCAGACCUGGGAGAAACUACCCAGCAAAUUCAAAAAGUUUUACAGUGAAUUUGAAAACCUGAUGGAUCCAUCCAGGAACCACAGAGUCUACAGACUCACAGUGUCCAAACUGCAGCCUCCCAUCAUUCCUUUCAUGCCGCUGCUGAUCAAAGACAUGACAUUCACUCACGAGGGCAACAAGACGUUCAUUGACAAGUUGGUCAAUUUUGAAAAAAUGAGAAUGAUAGCUAAUACAGUGAAGAUAGUGAGACACUGUCGGAGUCAGACUUUCUGCCCAGUUUUUCCUCUGGCCAACAAGCAACAUCCAGAGGUUCAGACCUACGUCCGUCAUCUCAACGUGAUAGACAACCAGCGGACACUAACUCAGCUCUCUCAUGGCCUGGAACCUCCCAGGACAUGAGGCCUCUCAGGGACACAAAUGUUA